UUUCGUCAAGAUUGGUUAUGAUGUUUUUCAACGUAGGUGGUAUUUUCGUAAUUACACCAAUGUUUGACUAAUCCUAAAGUUUUAAUAUUUGCGUUUCACAUUUCCAUGGUACUUCUUUAAAUGUACUAUUCUAAUAUAAUUAGAUGGAUUGUGUAUGAAGCAAGUUCAGAGUAUUGUUUCUUUUGAAUAACGAUUUCAUUACAUUGAGUGUAGAUUUGUUACAGAUUUAAUUCCGUGAAUUCCUAGUAGCCGAUCACUACAGUAACUAAAAGUUGUCGAAUAAUGCUUCAAGUGGAUUCAAUACAUCAAUCAUCAUAAUGGAUAAUCCAUCUGUUGCAUCGGACCAAUCUCAAAAGAAAAGUCCAUUCGAUGAAUUGAGCAGAGAGGAGUUAGCAAGCAAAUGUAAGGGAUUGCUUGCAUUAGCCCAAAAAGCGAAACAAGCUAAGUCUGAUUUACAGAAUGAACUUGAAAGUUAUAAAUUGAAAUUGGAACAAUGUGAAUCUGAAAAAAAAGCAAGUGCUGAAAACAUACAAACUCUUCAAGAACUAGUGGAUUCCUUAACUGAACAGAAACUUAACUUUAUUACUGAGGUAGAUGUAGCCCACAGUAAAGUUAAAUCACUUACCAGAAAAUGUGACAGUUAUGAACAAGAGAUCCAAAAGUCUAAAGCGGAUAUCAUUAUUAGGGAUAACAAUCUUACUGAUAUUUCACAGAAAUUGUCUGACCUUGAUAGUGAGAUUAUUUCUCUAAAAAGACAAAAUAAAAGGCUUCUAGAUGAAAAUGAACAACUUUUAAAUCAACUAACUGAUAUUGAAGCGAAAACUACUGAAUUUAAUAAUAUUGGCUUGCAACAACAGGAACAGUUGAAAAUUUUAGAGGAAAAUGUACAAAAAGAUAAAGAUUAUAAUAAAAUAAUUGAAGAACUUAACUCUAAAGUAAGUGAAUUAGAGGCUCAAUUACAAAAAGAGCAAGAAAAUAAAAGCACAUAUGAAAUGAAAAUAAAAGAUAUUACUGAAAUGUAUGAAACAGAAAAGGUGAAAAAAGAAAAAGCCAAUAUUAAACUAAGAAGUUAUAAAGAUAAAAUUUUGAAAUGUGCAGCAUGUAUUAACCAACUUAAAAACUCCAGAUUUAUUUUAUCGAAAACUGUAAAAGAAUACUCCGAAAAUAUUCCUAAAUGGCAAAAUGAUUUAAUUAAGGCAUCUAAAGUAUUAGAUGAACAGUUGAGUAAAGUGAACACUGAAAAUAGUUCUCUCAAAGAAAGACUACAAUUAGCUGACGAACAAAUAAAUCAAUUGACAGAAACUUUAAAAUAUUCCGAAAACACAAAAAAUAAGAUAUCAGAACUUAGUAGUACAAACAAUUUGUUACAAUUAGAAAUAAUUAAACUUAAGGAACAAUUAGACAAAGCAAUUCAAGAUAAUAGUAAAGUAAAUAAGGAGUUAUCUAUAGUAUAUGAUGAAUCUAAAGAUUCCGCGCGGAAAAUCGCAGAUUUGUCAGAGAAGAAUCGUAAAUAUCAAAAAGAAAUAGAUAAGCUUAAAAUUGAAAAUAAUGAUUUGUCUGAUUCUUUAAAACGAGAGACUCACAAUAAUGAAUCUAAUACUAAUUUACUACUGCAAAUUAAAGCAUUGGAAAGUGAAAAGUCUAUUUUAGUAAAGGAGAAACUGAAUGCCAGAGAUAGUGUUUUAGAUUUGGAAAAUAAAAACAAAGUGUUGGUUGAUCAAGUUACAUCUUUAACAACAGAAAUUCAGACAAUUAAUUCUCAACUGCAAAGAAUUACUCAAGAAAAGUUGGUCCUAGAAAAAAAUCAUAAAGCUGAUAAGGAAGGUGAAGUAAAUAUGUUAAAAUGUGAAAUUAGGUCUUUACAAGAACAAUGUGAUAGAUUUAAGAAAGAAUAUGAUGAUUUGCAAGAUCUUAAUGGUAUUUUAAGAGAAGAAGUAGAAACGCUAAAACUUUCUUUAGAGCAGCCUAAAGAUGAGUGUGAUAAUUUAUCAGAUCUAAAUGCAUCUCUACAAGCCGAUGUGGUAAAGUUAGAAACAAAAUUAGCUGCCUAUAAACAAGAAAAUUCUUCUCUCCUUAGUGAAGUCAAGGAAUCACGUAAUAAAAUAAAAGAAUAUGACUCUCUUCUUCUUGAAUAUGAAAAUGUGAAAUCGAAUCUUUUGAGUUAUAAAACCGAAAACAGUGAGCUUUUGAAUGAAAUGAAAGAAAUUAAUCAAGUUUUAAAGGAACGUGGGGAAGCCAUAUCCAAGCUACAAAAAGCUAUUGCUGAAAUGGAAUUAUUAGUAGAAACCCUUGAAAAAGAUAGAGAUAAUGUUAUACAAGAUAAGUCCGACCUACAAAAGAAAAUAGAUUCUCUCGAAAACACAUUGAAAAACGCCGAGCAAAAGACUCAAGAAUCAAACGAUUAUACCAAUCAACUAAUUGCUGAGAGAGACAAUGCUAUGAAAGCAUUAGAUAGCAAGGAAGAUUAUAUUGCCUCAUUAAAAACAGAAAUGGAUAAAUUGAAACAACAAAAUUCAACUCCAACAGAAAUUCCAAUGGAAGAUAACAUGUCAACAUCAACUAUUUCAAAAGCUGAGGAAUACGCUCGCAUGAAGGACUUAGAUGAAACCUUUGAAGAAAAAUACAGUAAACUAAGAAUAUUUGCUUUAAAACUUAAAAAGAAAUUGAAUGAAACUGUAACUCAGUUGCAAAACUCUGAGCAGGAUAAGGCGCGGUUGGAGAAGUUACUGAAUGAAAAGGCAAUAUUAGAGAGUAAACUUGAUGCUCCAUUGAAUCAAGAUGUUAUUGAUGGCACAGAUAGAGAUGAACAUAGCGGAAAAGAUCUACAAGAAAAAAUUGAAAAAUUAACUGUUGCUCUUGAAGCAGCUAAGCAAGAUUGCAGUGAAUUAGAAAAAGUAAAAGCCGAGUUAACAAGUAAAAGUCAACAAUUAGCUUCAGAAAUGGAGUCUCAUAAAGUGACCAAAGAUAAUUUGGAGAAAGCCCGGCGUGAUGUAAAGAAAAAAAACGUUCUUAGUCUUGAAAUGGAAGACUAUGAAAGAUCUAUGAAAGAGCUUACAUCUAAAAUGGAGGAAAAUAAAAAGAAGAUGGUGCAGAUGGAAUCAAUAAUAGAUACCCAAGAAGCAACAAUAAUUGCAAUGAAAACUCAAAUUAAAUUACUUGAGGAACAAAUAAAAACCGAGGAAACACAAUGCAGACAUCUUAAAGAGGAAUUACAACAUGCUUUAGAAGAGAUUAAGGAGAAAGACAAUAUAAUAUCUGUUAAAAAUGGUAUAAUAUCAAAAUUGGAACAAGAUUUGGAAGAUGAAAAGCGAAAGAAUGAGGAAUCUGACAUGGAACUGACUGCAGUACUAAGUGAUAAGGAGAAAGUAAUAAUGAGUCUAGCUGAAGAAAAAGCAGAAUUAAACAAUAAAGUAAAAAGAAUGGAAUUCAAGUGUGCUGAACUAAAGGAAAACAUACAAAUUUUAAACAUAGAGUUGGCCGAUCUGAAAACUGAAUAUACAAGUUACAAAGUACGGGCUCAAGCAGUAUUACGCCAAAAUCAAAUGGUGGAUCAUAGUCAGGAAGAGCAAUUGAAAGAGGAAAUGGCUGCAUUGAAGGCACAGAUAGAAACAUUAACCCUUAAAUUAGCAACUGCUCAGGAGCAGUUAGCUGAACAACGUUCGGAAACUGAGAACGGUCGGAGGCGCGCGGCUGAAGCCAGCAACGAAGCCACGCGCGCACAACAGCGCACUGCUCGUCUGCACACGGACCUCACUCGCCUGUCGCAACAGCUGGAAUCCGAACGAGCACAACAUAAGCUACAAAUUUCUACACUCACACAAUGUUAUAAGACACAAAUCAACGAAUUAGAGACCAAACUUCAGAAAGAGACGGAAAAUUUGAAGAAGCAGUUGAUGGUGGUUCAAAACGAAAACACAACAGUUAGUGCACUUGGCAUGUCCCAAGAGCCCCACAACAGCCACUAUAUGCUACCCGUCAUACCGAAAGAUGAGAAUAGCGAUGGAGAAAUGGACAUCAACGUUUCUAUGAUACCGAGAGAGGAGGGUGAGGGUUCUGAAUCUGCCCCGUCGCCUCCGCCGUCGAAGUCGUACAUGACAGCUGCGGGUAGCAGCCGCUCGCCGGUCCCUCUUGAAAGACUUCUGGAGGAAGGAGUGCCUGAUGACGAGGCUCUCGACACCGCAUCCCUAGCACUCACGCCUGAACAAGAGAUAUCAGAUUUAAAACGAAAAUUAUUAGCGCAACAACAGAGGGUGAAGCACGUGACGGUGCUGCUGUCGGAGUCGGAGCGCGAGUGCGCGCGGCGGUGGCAGCUGAGCGAGCUGCUGAAGGCGGAGCUGCGGCGGCGCGGCGCCGACCACAGCGCGCACAACGCGGAGUACAUGAAGAACGUCACGCUCAAGUUUUUGACACUGCCGCCGGGUGACGAAAGAGGGCGUUUGGUGCCGGUACUCCAGAAAAUUUUAACUCUGACACAAGAGGAGACGCAGAAAAUACAAGCCAUAGCCAAAGGUAUGGAUCCAAACCCAGGCAAAGGCUGGGGAAGCUAUCUACCAUGGCCGGGCAGCAAGUAACCAGCAAUAUAGACGCAUAUUGACAUUAUCUGUGAUCAAAAUUUUGACAUACUUUUAUUUUUUGUAAAUUUCCGAUUUGUCACGGUAUUUAACUGUAUAAAAGUAUAGAGAUUUUAAUUUCUAAAUGUAUUUGAUAUAAGUUAUUAAAUUCUAAUAUUAUUUAUAUUCAUAUAGAUAUUAGAAUAUAAGUAAAUGAUGGGUUCGCGUUAAUACUUCCCGUUUAUCGUAAUUUAUAACUGAAUUCGCUUUUAAUUCGAGAUUUGCGUAUAAGUAACCCAAUAUUAUAAUAGAGGCAACUCUUGUUUAAUUUCAACUUACAUAUGUAGGCUGUUAGAUCCUUUUAAACAUUACUUACUUUAAAGUUGAUGCACAGUCUAAUAUUUUACAGUAUAAAGAAACUCUCCAAUAUUUUUUUUGCCACUUCCGUAUAUACAUUUUCCAUUUCGAGUGUCCAUAAAAAAAUCCAAACGUUUGAUAGUAAUUAUUGAACAACUAAGUACAGAUAAGAAAAGGUCUAGGGAACAUGACCUCGUUAUAAGCUACUAUGCUUACAUGCACAAGGGAGCUAAUGCAUAUAUAUGGGUUGAAUUCGCGAAAUUAGAAUAUCUUAUUAAUAGAAAUUAUUUUCUUUUUAAUCUGUAAGAAAAUUAUUAUAACAGGAUGUGAUUAUUAUCGAAAUUUCCGAAUCACGUUCUGAGUUCAUGUACAUUUCAUAUUAAUUCCGCUAAUAUGUGAUUCAUCUAUCCUUGUCUUAUUAAUGAAUGUUUGUUAGGGAUUAACGUGUGAGCUGUUAGCGACUUUUAAAAAAAAAUUUGACACAUAGAUAAGCUACCUAAGCUACUAUUAUUUCAGUAAAUUACAAUUACGCAGGCCGCGCCCAUACCAUAAAUAAUGUUAAUUUUACUUAUUUUUUUUAGUUUUUUGCGUACACUAAAGGAGUAUUACCGCGACCGUAUCGAAAUAAAAUAAAAUUGUAAUUAUCACAAAUAUACACGAUUUAUAAUUAUUUAUAGUUCUAGUUUCUAAAUCAUUUUCUAUAGCCGCUAUCAUUUCUUAAUUGCAAUAAAUGAUAAAACUGGUAAUUAUUUUAAAAAUGACAUUUGGCAUUUUUAUCUAAAUUACGCAACUUUGAUCAAUUAUUUAAACGAGUUGCAAACAUGUAGAUUACAUAAUGGAUUAGUACUAAUUGUUAGACUUGUAAACGUCAGCAUUAUAAUAAUUUUGUGCGCCGGGCAUUUUGAACAUGAACAUUCCGUUAUAGAAUUAAUAAAAUUAGUCCUAAUGGAAAAAGUUAUUACUCAAACUUUAUUAGUACUACACUUACCUACGUAGCGUGAUUAAUGUAGCUUAAUACAAAUUGUACUCAUAUUACAUACUUCCAGAAUACCUGACUUGAAACAUCAUUACAAAUGGUUCAGUUUCCCAAUUAAACAUUUUGUACUUAUUUUUUCGUUGCAUCAUGGUGCCAAAUUAAUUAUGAUUACGUAGGUAACUGAAAGCCGGCUCAUCCCUUGUUUAUCAUAUUUUUGACAUUCUUCAAAUAACUUUACAUAUCGAUAAUAUUGUUAUGCCUAUUAUGUUAUUAUGCGUUAUAGGAAAUAUAUGAAAACUAGAAAUUGUAUACAAUUCUUAAAAUUAACGAAAGAACAAAACUUGCCUAAAACGAAAGAUGAAACCAGAAUGAAAAUGCCUUUUCAUUAUAGUCCUCGAUGGCAUAAUCGGGUCACAUUAUGAAUUGCUUUUAUUUGUCACCGAAAUGAACUUAUUAGGAAAGGUCCCUAUCGUGGUAAAAAAUUAUUACAUCAAUAUACCCAACCGAAUGGGUAAAACUAUGACGUAGCUAGGUAAGGAAGGGUCCAGGUGCAAGAAAACAAACUAAAAUGGUGCCAUAAAAAGUAUAUUGAUUCAAAAUUUUUGGAAGAUUGAACACCGAUAGGGAUUUUUUGCUGUACUCAGAAUUGUUAUAAUAUAUUGAGUUUUAUUUAAUACUUAAAGUCUUGACACAAACAGUGCCCACAUUGCAAAUUUUUCGGAUAUCAAGGAAUAUAAUCAAUUAAUUUCGCAUCACUUAGAUUUUGUCUCGCGGAAAUUCUAUCUGUCUCUAAAUUUACUGCCCAUUACAUUACGGAGACUGGCAAAGUAAACCCCUAUUUCCAUUACACUUUUGUUUAUUAUCAAGUAAGUAAGUAAAUAAUUAAUAUAGACUACCUUGGUGAUCUUAUAAAUUGUACGUAUGACCUACUUAAUUCAAGAUUAAGUAAAUUUAUGGAUUUCAAUAUUGUUGCAUACUUAAUUGACGGCAUAAGAUGUAUUUAUAUAUUACGAAUAAUUAUAUACCUAUCGAAAUAAAAGCUACAUAAAUAAA